AUGGCUUUGCAGAACCCACCAGCAAUUGUCUUUAGCGACUUUGACGGAACAAUAACCUUACAAGACUCCAAUGACUAUCUCACAGAUAACCUCGGCAUGGGCCAAAAGCAAAGAGAAUUCAUCGGGAACGAAAUCUUGGAAGGCAGAACCAACUUCCGCGAUGGGUUCCGAGAAGAGAUUGAAUCGGUCAAGACCCCCUUCAACCAAUGUGUAGAGACUUUGCUUGCCAACAUUAAACUUGACCCUGGCUUCAAGGAGUUUUUCACCUAUUGUCAAGAACAAGGCAUCCCCAUAAUUGUCGUUUCGUCCGGGAUGAAACCGAUUAUAUCGGCGUUGAUCACCAAGUUGAUUGGGCCCGAGGCAGUUGAGAAGAUCGACAUUCUUUCGAACGACGUGCGUCUUGGUGGCGACGAUGGUGCCAAUUGGGAGCUCUUGUACAAGGACCCCGAGUCUCCAUUUGGCCACGAUAAGGCCAAGUCGAUCAAGGAGUACUUGGAAAAGCACGGGUAUGCCGACUUGGACCAGGAUAGCGAAGGGUUGGUUCUGCCUAAAUUGUUCUACGCCGGCGAUGGUGUCAGCGACUUGAGUGCGGCUAAAGAGACGGAUUUGUUGUUUGCCAAGCACGGUAAGGAUUUGAUCAAGUACUGUGUUAGAGAAAACAUCCCAUACACUGAGUUUAAUGACUUUGCUGAUAUCUUGAACAAGUUGAAGAAGAUCAUGGGCGGCGAACCUAUCAAGGACUUUGUUGAAAACCCAUAG